AUCCACGGCAGCUCAGUUGGUGCUGGUUAGACAGCCAUGUCCCGCGGACGGAGACUAACCUUCCUGUGGUCAUCCUCAGCAAAUUCCAAGAAAGGUGGAAAAGGGGAACGGGUCUCCUUUUGCUGGUCCAUGUCCACUAACCCCCAGCAAGUCUCUAGGUUACUUCCGGUUGCUUCACACGUGUACGUCAACGAGGCACUUGUUUUCAAAAUGGGGAGAAAGAGGCCUCUAGAUAAAAUUGCUUCUGGUCCAGGACGAAAAGCAAAGAAACAAGAAGAUCCAAUUCAUUCAGUGAAAGCACUCCUGAAAGAUGAUCCUCUCAAAGGAAAAUCGAAAGACAAGAAAAGGUUCCUCAAGAAAAAACAGAAUAAAGCUGGAAAGAAGGUCAAAGGAAUUAAGGAAAUAACUGGCUUGAAGAGGAAAAGAACUAAAGAAGACAGUGAGGAGGAUGAGGAUAGUGAUGAUCUGGGUGAUGAAUUUUUAGAAGCAGAUAGUGAAAUAAUGAAUGACAGUCCUGAACACUUGCAGCAUUUGAAAGAGGAUGAGGAUGAUAAUGAUGUGGAUGAAUUUCCAGUUGAAAAUACUGAUGAAGACAAUGACAACUUUGAUGAAGAUGAGCAUGAUGGUGAAGAAGAUGAGAGCGAGGAUGAAGAAGAGAGUGAAGAGGAAGAUUUGCUCCCAAUAGAAAAGGCUGCAAAAAAAUUGAAAAAAAAGCAGGAAAGAGACAGCAAACUUGCAGAAGAAGAACUUCAAACAAAUAUUGCAGAAACAGAGACUAUUGUGCUGCCUAGCGGCCAGGAGAUUGAGAAGGAAACCCAUCUUGCUCCUGAUCGAACAAUUAUCCAGCAAAGGAUUCGUGAUGUACAGUUUGUCUUGGCAGACUUUAAAGCAAGACAUGAAGAAGGAAGGAGUAGACAGGACUAUGUGAACCAGUUGUGCAAAGACCUGUGUACCUACUAUGGCUAUAACCAGUUUCUGAUGGAGAAGUUCAUGGAUCUGUUCCCUCUAGAGAUCACAGAAGUUCUUGAAGCAAACGAGGCUCCCCGGCCUGUGACAAUACGCACAAACACUUUGAAAACACGAAGAAGAGAUCUUGCACAGGCUCUUAUCAACAGAGGUGUUAAUCUGGAUCCCAUUGGAAAGUGGUCGAAAGUAGGACUUGUGGUAUUUGACUCCCAAGUACCUCUUGGUGCAACACCAGAAUACCUGGCUGGUCACUACAUGCUUCAGGGUGGCUCCAGUUUCUUGCCAGUCAUGGCUUUGGCACCGCAAGAAAAAGAGCGGAUUCUCGACUUGGCUGCAGCACCUGGGGGAAAAACAACUUACAUAGCUGCUUUAAUGAAGAAUACUGGUUGUAUUUUUGCCAAUGAUGCUAAUGCGGAGCGUGCCAAAGCGCUCAUCUCAAACAUUCAUCGUAUGGGAGUCCACAACACUGUUGUAUCCUCCUACGAUGGUCGCAUAUACCCAAAGCUUAUUUCAGGAUUUGAUCGUGUAUUGCUUGAUGCUCCAUGUAGUGGGACAGGUGUCAUUGCUAAAGAUCAGGAAGUUAAGUUGAGAAAGGAUGAGAAAGACAUCCAGCGAUGUGCACAUCUUCAGAAGGAACUCAUUCUGUCUGCCAUUGACUGCUGUGAUGCCAAGUCAAAAACUGGAGGCUACAUUGUGUAUUCUACAUGCUCUGUCCUGGUUGAAGAAAAUGAGUGGGUUAUUGACUAUGCUUUGAAACGUCGUCAUGUUCGGCUUGUCCCAACAGGGCUUGAUUUUGGGAGAGAAGGGUUUGUCAAUUUCCAGCAGCACAGAUUUCACCCUAGUAUGAAGAUGACCAGAAGAUUCUACCCUCAUACACAUAAUCUUGAUGGAUUCUUUGUGGCCAAGCUGCAGAAACUCUCCAAUAAGCGACUAGGAGAGGAGGGUAAAAAGAACACAGGUAAUCAAGAAGACAAGGAAAACGGCAAGGCAAAGUCUUCAGAGACUCCUUCAUCCGUGAAGGAAGUGGAGCCUUCAUCUUCUUCAACCAAAACAUCACCUCAAAAGUUAACCAUAGGAAAGCACAAAAAGUUCAAGGGGAGUCAAGCUGUCAAAACUAAAAAUUACAAAAAGACCGGGAACACAAAAAACACAAAAACAAAAGUGAAAGGAAUUCUUAAAAAGAAGUGACCAGUAAGUUCAAGAAGUGUACAGAUUGAGUUUGGCUCAUGAAGACAAAUCCCUUUGCAUAUUGGCAUGGUACAUAUUAUCCUACAGUGAAAUACUUUAACAUGUAUAGACAUAAGCAGUCAUGGUGUGGGUGGGGCGAGUGAAAGAAGAGUAUGCUUCAUCAUUACAAGUGUUUUACUGAGUAGUUUGUGUAUGCAUGAAUGCAUAUAUAUAUCUGUGUGUGAGUGAGUUUGAUGGAUUUUAUUGAUAUUUUGAUGGACUGUCAGCAUAUAAAUAAACACAACUUUCCAUGUU